AUGGGGUUUUCUGUGAUCCAGGAACACCACGAUGCCAUCCUGCACGCGAUUCGGCUUCGUACUCAAGGCGACUGGAAAUGUCUGGUUAUCGACGAGACCACGGAAAAAGUCAUCAAGAAUACCGUCAAAGAAGAUGACAUUCUCAGCAGUUCCGUAGCCACCAUCGAACGCAUUGAAUCGCGACGAGACCCGAACCCUGACAUGGAUGUCAUCUAUAUUCUGGCCCCAGAACCCCAUAUUGUCGAUUGCCUAAUUGCAGACUUCGAGAGGCGGCGUUACCGAAGGUCAUAUAUCAUAUGGACAAACAUGGCCGAUGGUGCACAAAAACGCAGGAUUCACGAGUUCCCGGGCGCCGCGAGCAUAAUAAUACCGUCGCAACACCAACCAAGAGAGAUACUGAACCCUGACACUCUCCUCAUCGACUUUUACCCUCGCGAAUCCCACCUGGUUGUGUUCAGAGAUCCAUGGAGCUUCCCCGUUCUCUACCAUCCGGCCUGCAACAGCUUGGUUGCCAAGCACAUGAAGGCGUUGGCGCAAAAGAUUGCUGGCGUAUGCAUUAAUAUGGGGGAAUGCCCCAAAGUCCGAUACUACCGACCGACCAAUGCCUUUCAUGAAGCCUCGGUGCUCUGCUCUCACUUAGCUAGGAUGGUGCAGGAAGAGCUCGAUGUGUAUGUGCAGUGGCACAAAGGCGAAUUUCCACCACCUUCCAAUCGACCUCCAUCAACACUUGUAAUAACCGAUCGAUCAAUGGAUCUAAUGGCGCCACUGCUGCACGAAUUCACCUACCAAGCUAUGGCACACGAUCUGCUGCCCGUCAAAGAUGGCGAAAAGGUCACCUUCCGGAGGAUGAUCGACGAAGGCACCGAGUUAGAACAGGAGGUAGAUUCCGAACUCAGCGAUAUCGACAAGGUUUGGGUCGAGACCCGACACCUUCAUAUGAAGGAUACUAUUGACAAGCUCAUCGGUGAUUUUCGCAAAUUCGUGGCGGAGAACACCAGUAAACAGAAUGAUGAAGCGCUAAGUCUCAGCGCCCUUCGAGACAUGCUAGUACGGAUGCCGCAAUUCAAGGAGCUGAAAUUGGUCUACACAUUACAUAUCGCCAUGGCUCAAGAGUGCAUGACCGCAUUCCAGAAACAAAAACUCCCAGACCUGGCAUCCGCCGAGCAAACCAUGUCCACAGGCACAGACGAGGACUACAGGAAGCCCAAAAACAUUCUCGAAACGGUUGUCGGUCUGUUGGAUGAUGAAGCAAUCACACCAGGCGAUCGCCUGCGCCUAAUUAUCAUUUAUAUCCUCUUCAGAGGCGGUAUCAUCCCAGAAGAUAUCCAGAGAUUGCUCCAACAUGCGUCUCUACCGCCACAAGACGGUGAAACCAUUGCCAAUCUAGAACUUCUAGGCGGCAAAUCAUCUCGCGCCCUCAAAGAGCCGCCGUACCUGCCUCCAUCCCUAUUCCCCAAGGAUCCCAAAACCUACCAACCAAACGAAGAGUACGCGCUAUCUCGAUACGAACCAGUUCUCAAGUCCCUGCUCGAUGAGCUCACCAAGGGCACCUUGGACCAAACCACCUUUCCCUUCUACAAACCUCCAAUGGAUCCAAACGAGGACAUCCUCGCCGCACAGGGUGGCUCUCUCCGCGCCGGACGACCAAACUGGGCCGCCGCAGGUCGUCGACCCCCUGAAAACCGCCAACGACUACUCGUCUUCAUGGCCGGCGGUGCCACAUACUCCGAAAGCCGCGUCUGCUACGAAGUCGGCCAGCAAAAGGGUCGCGACAUCGUCCUCAUCACCUCCCACAUGCUGACGCCGAGCCUCUUCCUUCGCCAAGUCUCAGACCUCGGUCGCGACAGGCGCCAACUCGACAUCCCCAUGGACAGACCGCCGCCCCGUGCCCCAGCCCACGUCUUCGAACGCCCUCCUCCUCCUCCCGGCCAACAACUUCCCCCUGGUGCCGGUCCCAGAAUGGUCGCAAAUCCGGGGCGAAGACCACCGCCCGCUGGUGGCCUCCCCGGCCGACCUGCUGUUCCUCCUGCUCCUGCCGCACCACCCGUAGCAUCAAUGUCCAACCUGAGUCUUGGCUCCAACGGCGCACCGCCCGCCAAGGACGAAAAGCCACAUAAGGAGAAGAAGAAGAGAAACUUCCUGGGCAUGAAGAAAUAG